AUGGCUAAGACAUACAACCCCCAUACUCAGAACUGCAAAAGAAUCAAAUGGCAAGUAACAUUCUUCUUCCUGUUUCUCUGGCUGUGUCAUUCAGUCUUAGGUCAGAUUCAUUAUUCCAUUGUAGAAGAAAUGAGAAAAGACUCUACUAUAGCAAAUAUUGUGAAGGAUCUUGCAUUAGAUAUUAAUCAGCUUUCAUCAAUACAAUUGCAGAUUGUAUCAGAUGUUUCACAGAAAUAUAUUUAUUUCGAUCUAAACAAUGGAAAUCUGUAUGUGAAGGACAGGAUAGAUCGAGAGACACUGUGUGGGACAGCAGCUACCUGCAUCCUAACCUUUGAUGUGCUAGCUGAAAAUCCCUUAAAAGUUUUUAAGGUAAAUGUUGAAAUACAAGAUAUAAAUGAUAACUCUCCAGUGUUUUUCCAGGAUACCAUUACUUUGCAAAUCCCUGAAUCUGCUUCAAUAGGGACCCAUUUUGCUUUAAAAAAUGCAGAAGACCUAGAUAUUGGAAUGAAUUCAGUACAAACUUACAGGCUUACUGACAAUCAAUAUUUUACACUGACAGAGAAGAUCAGCAGUGAUGGGAGUAAAUCUCCCAAGCUUUUUAUAAAUAAAGCUUUAGAUCGAGAGAUACAAAACAGUCAUGAAUUAAUUCUAACUGCUUUAGAUGGUGGAGAUCCUAUUAGAACUGGAACUGCUUUAAUAACAAUAACUAUUACAGAUGCCAAUGACAAUUUUCCUGUAUUUAACCAAGAAAUGUAUAAGGUUUUAAUAAAGGAAAAUGUUCCCAUCAACUCUACAGUGAUCAUUGUUGAAGCAACAGAUAAAGAUGAAGGCAGCAAUGCACAAAUCACUUAUUCCUUUACCAAGACAUCUGGAAAUGUUCACCAUACAGGUGUUUUCAGCAUUCAUCCUAUACAUGGGCACAUAAAAGUAACAAAAUUGCUGGAUUUUGAAGUAACAAAAAAAUAUGAGCUGUCUAUUCAAGCAAUGGAUGGUGGCGGCCUUGCUGCCCACUCCAAGGUGUUGGUAGAAGUUGAGGAUGAGAAUGACAAUGCUCCUAAUAUAUUCAUAACUUCACUUUCUUCUCCUGUUUCUGAGGAUUCUGCUUCUGGGACAGCAAUAGCUUUGGUUAGAGUCCAUGAUAAAGAUUCAGGAGAAAAUGGAGAUGUGAACUGCCAACUUUUGGAACUUGUACCUUUUCAGUUAGUAUUAUUAUCUGAUAAUUACUACAGAAUAGUUACAACAAGUGACAUGGACAGGGAGAAAGUAGCAUUUUAUAACAUCACAAUAUUAGCAAGUGACAAAGGAUAUCCUUCACUGUCCAGUCAAAAAAUUAUCAAAGUAGAGAUAUCCGAUGUUAAUGACAAUCCACCAGUUUUUAUGAAAUCAAGUUAUAUUACUUAUAUACCAGAGAACAAUUUACCAGGAGCCUCAAUAUACAGUAUACAAGCUUCAGAUCCAGAUACUGGAGACAAUGCUAAAAUAACCUAUUCAAUUUUAAGUAAAAAUAAAGAAGAUAUUUUGUUGUCCUCUUAUUUGUCCAUCAAUAUUGAGACAGGAGCUCUCUAUGCCCAGAGAUCAUUUGAUUAUGAGAAGCAAAAAGAAUUUAUAUUGCAAGUGACUGCUAUGGACCAUGGAUCUCCAUCUCUAAACAGCAGUAUAAAGUUGAUUAUACAUAUAGUGGACAAGAAUGAUAAUGCACCUAAAAUCCUUUACCCAUCUCCAGAAAGUGCUGGUUCUGCAGUGUUUGAGAUGGUCCUGUUAGCCUCUGUUCCGGGUUCUUUAAUAACAAAGGUGGUUGCAGUGGAUGCAGACACUGGACAUAAUUCUUGGCUUUCUUAUCAUUUUAUUCAAGUGCCAGGUCCAGCUUACUUUAUCAUUGAUGAACACACAGGUGAAAUCAGAACAUCACGUGCCUUUCAAGAUAAGGAUAUACUGAAUCAUAAAGUUGUGGUCAUGGUAAAGGAUAAUGGGUAUCCCUCUCUCUCUGCUACUGUUACAUUGAGUCUUGCUAUUGCUGAUAAUGUUCAGCAAGCAGUUCCAAAACUUGGUAACCAAAUCACUGAAGAAGACCCUCAAACAAAUCUGCAGCUUUACUUAAUAAUCGCCUUAGCCCUCAUUUCUUUGUUAUUCAUUCUAACUGUCAUGAUAGCCAUCAUAUCAAAAUGCAAAGAGUCUCAAUCACCCCAACUUUUUGGCCCUUUAAGUUCUAAUUUGUAUCCUCAACUAGAGUCCAGAAUACUUUCCCAAUAUACAAAUGGGACCCUGACACUCCCCUAUAACUUUUGUGUGGCUUUAGAAUCAACUGAACAUGAUUUUACAUUCAUUAAACCAAAUGAAAAUGUCUCAGUGGACAAUCUUCUAGAUACUGAUGACUCAGGACUUGGAGCUGAAAAUGGGAAUGUUCUCCUAACAUUGAAUAAUCAUACUGAGGUGAGUUUUUAG